AGAAAAACAAUAUUAAAUUUCAAUAGACGAAUAAUUCUCGAGGCACGAAACGUCACUGUAACUCCAGCUAUUUUCAGACACAUUACUGGUGACCAUAAUAUUGUGAUAUUUUAUAUAUAACUCACACACACUGUCGGACAUUCAGCGAAUUGGAAUUUUUUAAAAAGUUCUAUUUUUCACUUAAAGCCUGUUCAAACUAUUGAUCUACGUCACCAAAGAGUUACCAGUUACCAGUCAGUUAACUACCACUACCAAAAUCCAAACCAAACCAAAAUACUCGGUACUCAAAUUACUCGUCCUCUCAUAUGGCUCGGUUUAGUUUAAGUCGAAAGAAUAAGAAUAAAAAGAAGACCGAUCCAGAUCCCGACUCUCCAAUGACAGUUAGCAGUGCUAAUACUAAUAAUACUAAUAAUAUUCAUAGUAAUAUUAAUAAUAUUCAUAGCUCAGGCUUAAAGAAAAAGCCUCUGUUUGAUACCGUAGGUUCUUCAGCUCAAUCAUCUACUAGAGAUUCGGUACUUUUACCAAUAGUUCCUAUCAUAAUGGGUGGACCACAUGAAAGUAAUAUUUCUGCUACAACCCCUUGGAAACGAUAUAAAUUAUAUGAUUCACCAUUUCCUCGGUAUCGUCAUGCUGCCUCAUCAAUUUCUAGUGAAAAACAUGAAAUCUUUUUAAUGGGAGGUUUAAAAGAAGGAUCAGUAUUUGGUGAUACUUGGAAAAUUGUACCUGAUGAUAGUAGUGGAGAAAUUACUUCAUAUUCUGCUGUUAGUAUUGAUGUAGUUAAUCAUAAUAAUCCUCCAGCAAGAGUUGGACAUUCGUCAGUAUUAUGUGGUAAUGCCUUUAUUAUAUUUGGAGGUGAUACAGUAGAUACUGACUUUAAUGGAUUUCCUGAUAAUAACUUUUAUUUAUUCAAUAUUAAUAAUAAUAAGUAUACAAUCCCCAGUCAUAUCUUGAGUAAACCAAAUGGUAGAUAUGGUCAUACUAUUGGAGUUGUAUCAUUAAAUAAUUCAUCUUCAAGACUUUACUUAUUUGGAGGUCAAUUAGAAAAUGAUGUAUUUAAUGAUUUAUACUUUUUUGAAUUGAAUACUUUUAAAUCUCCCAAGGCUAAAUGGGAAUUAGUUGAACCAUUAAAUAAUUUUAAACCUCCUCCAUUAACUAAUCAUUCAAUGGCAAUUUAUAAAAAUAAAUUAUAUGUAUUUGGAGGAGUUUAUAAUAAUGAAAAAGUAUCUAAUGAUCUUUGGAGUUAUGAUCCUUUACUGAAUAAAUGGUCUCAAAUUCCUACUACGGGCAAUAUUCCAUUACCAGUGAAUGAACAUUCAAGUUGUGUAGUUAAUGAUAAACUUUUUGUUUAUGGUGGAAAUGAUUUUAAAGGAGUAAUCUAUAAUAGUUUAUAUGUAUUAGAUUUAAUUAGUUUAAUUUGGUCUAAAUUAACUAGUGUGGGAGAUAUCGAUGGACCUGGUUCAAGAUGUGGACAUUCUAUGAGUUUUAUACCCAAAUAUAAUAAAUUAUUAAUUAUGGGAGGUGAUAAAAAUGAUUAUGUUAUUGAUGAUUCUUCAAAUUUUGAAACUUAUGAAGCUUAUAAUGGUGAAGAAGUUGGCACAAUGAUUUAUGAACUUGAUUUGAAUAUAGUUGAUCAUUUCUUGAGUCAAACAGUGGUUGAACCAAUUCGUCAAAAGAAACCAGUAGCAAUGGCUUCAUCAGCUAAAGUUGAUGAUGGUUUAAAGUCUUAUGAUAAUCAUGCUAGAAGCUUUUCUGCUGGACCUGAAGAUUUUAGAACUCCUCAUGGAUCUCCACCACUUGAAAAGCAAGCAGAAAUUCAAGGGUCAAGUGGAUUUCCAGAACCAGAAUAUGUUGGUGAUAAUCUUGUUGAUGUUCAUAUUCCAUCGGCUGAAGUCGAACAUCCAGAAAGUCCAAUUGCCAUUCAUAAUCCUCGCCGUCAAUCAGAGCAUGGAAUUGAUCUCUUUGAAGCUGCCAUUGCUGUUGGUGGAAUAGGAGCUGCUACUGCUGGUGCCACUGCUUCCACAGCUACUUCUACCAAAGACAUUGAAACUCCAAGCCUGUACCAUAAUGGGCAUGCCUCACUUCUUGCUUCAUACGAUUAUGGAGAAUCUAAUGAAAACAUUCCCCCCGUGACUGUAUUAGAUAAUCAUGGGAAAUCACUAGAUGAAUCCAAUGUAAGUAGUACUACUGGUGGUAAUACUAGUCAAGAAGAUUCAAAGAUUAAGAAUUUAGUUAAGGAAUUAACUAAGGAAUUGACGGAUUUAAGAACCACCACUAAAUUACAAAUGCAAAAUGCAACAGAAAGGAUUCAUCGACUCGAACAAGAAAAUAAUUCCAUUAGAGACAAUCAUUCUAAAGAAGUUUCUAGUUAUGAAAAGCGAUUAGAAGAAAAGGAUGGAUUGAUUAGUGAACUUAAAUCUACAGUUGAUCCAUCAGUGCUUGCUAUUAAUGAAGAGGAAGGUAAUGGAAGUAGUAAUACUAAUGUAUCUGACUUGACUCGAUAUAAAUUAGAACGAUUAGAAUUAAAUAACAAAUUACUUUAUUUGGAACAAGAAAAUGGCCGAUUAAAUAGUAAAUUUGAAGAAUUUGAACCAUUUAUGAAUAAUCAAAUUGGAGAAUUGGCCAAAUUCCAAAAGUUAAUUAAAGCCCAAGAAGAGAAAAUUAGUAAACUUAGUGCUCAAACUAAAGAUCAAGAAUUAUUAACUAAAGAAGUUAAUGAAUGGAAAUCAAAGUAUGAUAAUUUACAAUUAGAAUAUGAAAAUUAUAAGAAUAUUCAUAGUGAAGAAGAAAUAAGUGAUGAUGAAGAAUAUAAUAAUUCUACAUUACCUGAAUCAUCACAUUUUGAUGAACCAUCUAAUCGUUCAAUAAUUAGUAAUGCCACAUCUACUGGUAGAAGAAGUAAAAAGGAUAUAUCUAAUCAAUUAGAAUCAUUAGUUAAUUUAUGGAAUUCUAAACAUCAACAAGUUCAAGAUAGAGAAAGUACUCCUGAUACAUCCUUUACACCCGAGAAUAAUCCAAUCAUUAAUAAACUUCAAGAACAAAUUGAAGAUUUAAUUAAAGUUGGUAAACAAAAUGAUGAAGAUUCUAAUCAACAAAUUUCCGAAUUAAAGGCUCAAUUAAAUGAUAAACUUUCUAGUUUAAAGAGUUUUGAACAGAAUUAUCGUGAUGCUUUACAAUCAGUUAAUAAUACUAGUAAAGCAUUAAAAUUAACUCAAGAAGAAUUAAAGAAUCAAAAGGCACUUUUAGAGAAAUUGAAUAAAGAAAAUAAUGAAUUGAAAUUAUUUAAAAAGGCUAAUAAAAGAAUUAGUACGAGAAAUCCUUCACCAAUUAUUAGUGAUUUUAAGAUUCCUGAAGAAGGAGAAGAAGAUGGAGAUGGAGAUGGAGAUGUAGAUGAAUUUAAUAAUGCUCAUUAUAAUAUGAAGAUUAAAGAUCUUGAAGCGGAUAUUUAUAUUAUUAAACAGGAAAGAGAUCAAUUGAAGGAGAAUGUGACUAAUUUACAGAAACAGUUGUAUUUAGCGCAGAGUGGUGAUUCGCCAUGAGUUGUAUGUAUUAAUAUAUUUAUAAAGUUUAUGUUUGUGUAGUGUAGAAGUGGU